AUGUCGGAAAUGGAGGUUGAAUCUGAAUUUAUUACCAACAAAAUUUCGGAUGAUCCCACUCAAAAUAAUAAUGUUGACAAUAAACCUACACUAUUUAUUGAUACACCAAUAAUUGAUUCAUCAGUAAUUAUAACAUCAAAUACACCAACUACAUCAUCAAUUACAUCACUUGCCAAUUUGCUCGAUGAACUACAGUCUAUUUUUUUAAGGUUAACUAACCUUGGAAAUGAAUUCCGACAAAUUCGCAAAGCGAUAAUUGAAUUGAUUGAAAAACAGGAAAAAUCUCAGGAAGAUGUAUUUAAUGAUCUUAAAAAUAGAACUAAUCAUUCAAAUGCACAUUCAGCAGAUAACGGACAUAAGGACGCUGAAAAACAAUACAAUCAAUUAUUAAAGA